AUGCAAAGUUUAAACAUGGAUAACUUCCAAGAUAAAUGUGAAAAUUCUCUGUUAGAUCUAAGCUUCGAAAAUAUCGGUUCCGCUCUUGCCACUGAGAGUACAGUAGAUAAUAAAUUCGGAAAGGAAGAAAAUAGUGCAGAUUUACUGUUCUCCAGUACUCCAGAACCAGAGCCAAAAUCAAAAGAUGGUGAUGUUUUUGAUGAGUGCAUGCCCAUGGCUCAAAGCACUUACAGAAAUGAACUGCUGAUUGAUAAGGACGAACCAUUUUCGGUAGUGGAGCCAGUUCCUGCACCACCCGUCAACUCGACCAUCGAGUUAAUCAAUGCAGAGAUAAAGGAUGAAGUUGAAAGUGACUACAUGAAUCCUUACGCAAAUGUACGGCCACAGAAGGAGGAAAAAGCUCUCAUCUUCGACGAGUCAGCUGCUGCACCUUUUUCUGAUGUCCAACCGUUGGAACCGCUCCAACCGGAGCCCGAAAAAAACGUUACUGCUGCUCCAGCAUGCGAUGUGUCACGCACAACCGAUAAAGUAGUGGCUGCCAAAGUUGAAGCCGAAGCUUCCAAUGAAUGCAUAAAGAUUGAACAAAUGUUUAAGGACUAUGGAUUGGACACUUGGUUUAAUCCAGCAAGACUACACCCCAAAGUGGAAUCUCUCAUUUACUGGCGUGAUAUAAAGAAGUCGGCAGUGGUAUUCGGUGGCGGACUUGCCAUUCUGCUGGCCAUGUCUCUCUUCUCGCUGAUCAGUGUAUUUUCAUACCUAUCGUUGCUGCUCUUGUUCGGAACGAUUUCUUUCCGGAUUUAUAAGAACGUUCUGCAAGCCGUGCAGAAAACUGCUGAGGGACACCCAUUCAAGGAUUACUUGGAAAUGGAUCUUACUCUGUCGCAGGAGAAGGUCCAGCAGCUGGCUACAUUUGCAGUGGCUCACGUGAAUGCAUUACUGACCGGAUUGAGACGCCUGUUUCUGGUAGAGGAUCUUGUCGAUUCGAUCAAGUUUGGUGUACUGCUGUACUGGUUGACAUACGUUGGAGCGAUCUUCAAUGGUAUCACAUGCGUCAUGAUUGGAUUUGUCGCUUUGUUCACCUUGCCAAAAGUAUAUGAAAACAACAAACAGUCGAUUGACACCCACAUAGAGAUAGUGCGAAGCAAAAUCCAAGAAAUUACAGAAAAAGUAAAAGCUGCUGUACCGUUGGGCAAGAAGACGGAAACCGAGAAAACCAAGUAAAGACGUACGUUCAAACGUGGUUCAAAGGCACAAGCGAGCCCUCGGUUGAAGAAGGAGAAAACCUUGCUAAACAGGAUAUUAUUAGCAUUCGACUAUUUGCUGUUGUUUGUCAUUUGCUUUCGAAGUUUUACGCAAAACCAUUUCGUUUCGAAUCUGCUUUUGUAAUGCCAUCAUCCAGGAAGAAGUGUUAUGUGAAGAAAUGGAAAUCAAAAUUUUUAAAUGUCCGUAGGCUUCUUGAUAGUGAACCCCAUUUAUAACACUUCUUAAAUUAAACGAUCGAACAAAAGAUAAAAAAGGAGGUCCAUAAUGUGUGUAGCACGUGCGAUUGGGAGUCGUCAUUGAGAUUGUGUGGCUUGCCACGUACCCGAAAACAAAAAAAAAAAGAAACUAGUGUUAUUUCUCUUAAGAAAAUAUAACAUACCUUGAAGUUGCGUGUGAUUGUACUGAAAUUGAGCGUUGCGAAUGCUUUAUUGGCACAGCCAAAUUGUAACGUUUUGUUUUCGAGCCCACCUCUCUGAAUUUCGUUCGGCUUUGCCUUUUUGUGGUAUUCCUCACGUUGGUUUUUGGUUUUCUGUGGUACGCUUUAAAACUAUUUCCAUCUUUCGUGCGCGUGUAACGACGGAAGUAUUUGAUGCGUGUGGAAUGGAGACAAGAAACAAGGAAAAGAAAAAAAACCUAAAGCUAUAGGCCAAUACAAACACUCCAUGUAGAAUUUACAGCACAUGCUUAAAUUACACUAUAGAAACAUUUGAAUGAAAUGAAUAUUGCAAAAGAAAUCUCUCGAGUAUGGAAUAAAAUAAUCACAACCAACAUUAAGCUGCAUGUUUCGCCAUAGCUAGAAAAUAAAA